AUGGCGAGUGAAAACCAACGAGAAGAAUACUUUAAUGAUGAUGACAUUCCAAAAUUUAAUGUAACGAUUAAUGAUGAAACUGAUAAAAAAUCCAAACCAAAACCAAAACGUAGAACUCUCAAUCGUUUUCUAACGCUACCUGUCUUUGAAAAUGGUAAAGAUCUUGAUAGUGUUUUUGAAUCUCCUUCAGACGAAACUACUGCCUUGUUAAGUGGUGAAUCAUCUCAAAACUACAGUCAUUUUCCUACUCAGUCCUCUUUGUCAGAGGACAAUCAUAGCAUCAGCGGUGCUCAUCGCGCACGACCUAAUUUCAAUAAAAGACAUACAUGGGCCCCGAGUUUCAGAGCAUUUACCGACCUUACCGACCCACGACGGUAUAAAUCACGUAGUGGUGCUUAUGAUGAAGAUGGUUUGGCAAUGGUUCGUGAGGGAGGUGGUAUUCGUGUUUGGUAUGAUGAUUAUACAACUAUUGAUUGGAUUCAUGAUUAUGUCAAAGAACGCAUUCGUGUUCGUAAAAUUUAUUCAGUUAAAGGUUUUCGUGGUCAUCUUUUAAGAUUAUGUGAUAGUUCUGAAGAAUGGGGUUCUGAUCUUAAGGGUGGUUAUUGUACUACUGAUAUUUUUAAAAAUAAAGCCUUUUGCUGUAAUGGGUCAAAAGGAAACAACAGCAAUUGUACGGACUGGGUUUCAUGGUCUAAAGCUUUUCAUAUUCAAACUAGCAAUGAAGAAAGUUGGUUUGAUUAUUAUGCUUAUGUUUUUGUUGCUUUAUGUUUUGCAAUUUGUGCUUCAUUACUUGUCACAUAUAAUUCCUUAAUUGCAUCUCCCUCCUCAAAAAGUUCUUCAAAGAUUAUAAACCAUAAUUCUUACAUUAAAAAAGAAUUAAAAUCAUAUGCAGCUGGAAGUGGUAUUCCUGAAGUUAAAACGAUUUUAAGUGGUUUCGUAAUUCGUGGUUUUCUUGGUUUUAGGACUCUUUGGGUCAAAGCCAUAACUCUGGCAAUGGUUGUUGCUGCAGGAAUGACACUUGGCAAAGAGGGUCCUUUUGUGCAUAUUGCAUGCUGUACUGGUAACAUCCUUAGUCGUUUAUUUAGUAAAUACAACAAAAAUGAAGGUAAAAGGAGAGAAAUAUUAUCUGCUUCUGCUGCAGCAGGGGUGAGUGUGGCUUUUGCUGCACCAAUAGGUGGCGUAUUAUUUUCUUUAGAAGAAGUAAGCUAUUACUUUCCAAGUAAAACUUUGGUCAGAAGUUUUUUCUGUGCUAUUGUGGCUGCGGUUACUUUGAAGGGAUUUUUGGGUGCUGUUCUUUGUGAACUUAUUACUAUGUACACUAAACAUGUUCGUAAUAGGACAUGGCUCAAAGAAUAUCCAAUUGUUGAAGUUAUAAUAGUGGUUCUUAUUACUGCUACAGUCAACUAUUUGAAUUUCUACACAAAGAUGUCCAACACAGAUCUAGUUCAUUUUCUAUUCAGUGAAUGUAGUAACAAUACAUCAGUCGACGCUGGACUUUGCGCAUCAUAUCCUGAUUUCCCAAUAUUUUCGUCAGUAUGUGAUCCUGGAAAAGUGAAUGAUUGUGUCAAUCCAGGAGUGUAUGCUAUGGUGGGAGCUGCCGCAUGUUUAGCAGGUGUAACAAGGAUGACUGUAUCUUUGACUGUUAUCAUGUUUGAACUCACUGGUGCAUUGACUUAUGUUCUGCCAAUAAUGACUGCAAUUAUGAUUGCAAAAUGGGUUGCUGAUGGAAUUGUUAAACAUGGAAUUUAUGACCUUUUAAUUGCUCUUAACGAUCAUCCAUUUUUGGAUUCUAAAGCGGAGUAUAUUACCACAGCAACUACUUUAGAACUUUGUCAAAAAGAUACCGAAGUUAUUGAAGUUAUUGAUGUUAAUGAUCGAAAUACUAUUACCCUCACAGGACAUGCGGACGCUGGUCUUCCAAUAGUCGAUGGUGCAACACUAGUUGGUUAUAUCGCAGCAAAUGAGCUUGAGCAUGCAAUAAAACAUGUAGAGGAAUUAUCAGAUUCAACAGAGUGUCAAUUCAGAAAAAAUGAACAUGAAAUACCAAUACCAAAUGGUCGUAUAAUUACAGAUUUUACAGCUUACACAGAUCAGGCACCGUUAACUGUAUCAAAAAAUUCUUCAUUAGAAGUUGUACUUGAAUUGUUUAAAAAAUUAGGAUUAAGAUAUGUUUGUGUUGUAGAUGGUGGAAAUUAUGUUGGUGUUAUACAUAAGAAACAAUUAUUAGUUUAUUUAAGAGAACUUGCAACUAAAAGACCUCAAUUUUAA